AUGUCACAACCAGACAGAAGUCAUCAAUUCACUCAUUCAAGCUCAAAAAGAAGGGCGUCUGUUGUGUACGGUUCAAUUGGGAAAGGUGGUCUUUACAUUCCUUCAGACUUUAUUGGAUCGUCAUCGAAUAAAACCCAUCAUCUACAAGAAGAUAGUUUAGCAGACGAAAAUGCACCUUUGCUUGACGUGCAGGGUCCACAGGCUGCUCUAGUGGAGCCUACUCCAAAUCCUUUUAAAAACAGGCGAAAACUGAGCACGGUUGCUAGAGAGUUGUUAGAACAGGAACGGGAAUUGUUGCACGAAAGCCAUAUCCCAGUCGACGACUUAAAAAGUGAUGAUGACGUUAGAGAUGCAUUUGAAGAUGCCGUGCAAAACAAACAAAUCGAAGUCACUACUCCGCUAAUCGAAUUGAAAACGUUAAUCAGCUCAUCCAUACCGUCAGUAGUUACAUUCCUAUUGCAAUGUUCACUUUCAACUGUUUCCGUUUUCUGUGUUGGCCAUAUCGGUGCGACUGAGUUGGCAGCUGUAUCGAUGGGUGCCAUGACAGCCAAUAUCACAGGAUAUGCUACUAUACAAGGUAUAGCCACUGCGUUAGAUACAUUAUGUCCACAGGCAUUUGGUGCCAGGAAAUACACCAUGGUUGGAGAGUAUUUUCAAAAAUGUACCGCAUUGAUAGUAGUUGUCAUGCUUCCAGUUUUGAUUGCCUGGGUGUUUUUUGGCUACGAUCUAAUUUGUCUUAUAGUACCAGACAAGGAGACAGCAAAAUUUGCUGCAGUAUAUCUACAAUACGUCUCCUUUGGUAUUCCAGGAUACAUCUCAUUUGAAUGUGGAAAGAGGUUUUUACAGGCACAGGGGAUUUAUAAUAUUGGGGCUUAUGUGUUACUCGUAGCCGCUCCGUCAAACUUGUUCAUGAACUGGUACUUGGUCAAGAAGAUUGGAUACGUUGGUGCUCCUAUUUCAGUGGCAAUAAACUAUUGGUUAAUGGCAAUCGGAUUGUAUGUUUUGACUGUAUUUUACAUCAAAGCAGAAGACACCCCCAAUGGCUUCCAUCCAUUGAGGUGUUGGGGUGGACUCGAUAUCAAGAAAGCUUUCAAAGGAUGGGGGAGAUUGAUCUCGUUAGCUAUUCCCGGUCUUGUCAUGUUGGAGGCAGAAUUUCUCGCAUUUGAAAUAUUAACAUUGUUGGCAUCGUACAUCGAUACCAAGUCCUUGGCGGCGCAAUCUAUCGGAACAACAAUGGCGUCAUUAACCUACCAAGUGCCUUUUGCUAUUGGAAUUGCAUCGUCAUCAAGAAUUGCCAACUUUUUAGGAGCCGGAUUAGCUGAAUCUGCCAAAGUUACCACUAAAGUGUCACUCUCAUUUGGAUUGGUAAUUUCGUUAUUAAAUUUCCUUGCUUUAUACUGUUUCCAAAGACCAAUCGCUGAAGCCUUUACUAAAGACCAGGAUGUUAUUAACAUUGUUCUCAACGUCAUGUGGCUUAUCGCAUUGAUGCAGAUCUCCGAUGCCAUGAAUGCAAAUUCGGCUGGUUGCUUAAGAGGACAGGGACAGACCAAAAUUGGGGGUAUUGUCAAUUUGGUUUCGUACUAUGUUGUUGGUCUCCCCUUGUCAAUAUAUCUUUCAUUCUAUUCCCCAUGGAAAGGGUCAUUGAAUGGGUUGUGGAUUGGAAGUACAGUUGCAUUAACAAUCAUUGGUGUGGUGCAAAGUUACUAUGCUUUGGCAGCAAACUUUAACCACCUAUGUGAAGAGGCAAGAAAGAGAACAUCAGCACAAGAGGUUUAA